UUUGUUGCAUCCAACAAUUAGUUGAAAAGGUAUUAUAACAAAUAUGUGUUUUUAUUAUUAUGGGACAUGAGGGCACUAUGGGAUAUGAGGGCAGCAUUAUACUAGGGGAUAUAUACUAUGGGAUAUGAGGGCAGCAUUAUACUAGGGGAUAUAUACUAUGGGAUAUGAGGGCAGCAUUAUACUAGGGGAUAUAUACUAUGGGAUAUGAGGGCAGCAUUCGUAAUUUUGGUCAACGUUUCGUGUGGAACCCUAAUUAGUAGGUAACAAUUGAACUGGUUCAAAUCACCCAACCCUACUACACAUGUUCAGAUGAGCCAUGACAACUAAUUCAAGCUGGAAGCUGUCGGACCACAUGCAGAACGAUUCGUUGACAUGGCUUACAGUGGUGAGACAAUGUUGGGGACCAACUGGUUCCUACAGGGAGGAGGUGGAUCAGUGAAACGCUUUGUACCUUGACUCUCCCUUCAGUUCACCAGACAGCAGAAUGAAGAGCAGAGCUUCACACGAAGGGGAGAAAUAAAUGACUAAUGAUCACUACUUGAUCCAAAAUGUCUUCUGUUGCUGAGCUUCUGCUGGCCACUCUGGAGGACCUGCUCGAAGUAGAUCUAAAGGUGUUUAAAUGGCACCUGACCCAGGACGUGCUGGAAGGCUUUCCUCACAUUCCAGUGAGCCAGCUGGAGAAUGCUGAUAGACUGGACAUUACAAACACGACGGUGGAGACCUAUGGUCCUGAGGGAGCUGUGAAGAUCUCACUGGAAAUCCUGAGGAAGAUGAAUCAGAACCAACUGUCUGAUAGGUUAAAGAACAAGUACAAUGAGGGUGAGACAACAGAAGCAGCAGCCUCUCUCUCUCUCUCUCUCUCAGCCUCUCUCUCAGCCCCGAGUGCUCCAGUGGUUUUAGAAGUCAGAGUCCAAGACAAACUGAAAUCCUACCUUAAGAAGAAGUACGGCUGUAUAUAUGAGGGGACGUCAAAGGAAGGUGAUUUCAUCUACCUAGACCAGAUCUACACUGAGCUCCAUGUGAUCGAGGGGGCCUGGGGAGGGGUCAGAGAUGAGCAUGAGGUCAUACAUUUGGAAUCCAGAACACUAGCCACAGGAGAGACCACUAUUGAAGCCAGCAACAUUUUCAAACCCCGACCUGAUCAAAAGAAGCGCAUCAGAACAGGGCUUACACUGGGCAUCGCUGGCGUGGGAAAGACUGUCUCCGUUCAGAAGUUUAUUCACGACUGGGCAGAAGGAAAGGAGAACCAAGACAUUGAUUUCAUCUUUCCACUUCCUUUUUGCAAAAUGAAUUCUAAUAUGGGGGAAAAGGACUGCAGUCUGAUUGAACUGCUUCAUCAAUUCUUCACUGUCAUGGGACCGGUGAAGACCCUGGGGGAAGGUUCUAAAGUUCUGUUCAUCUUUGAUGGUCUGGACGAGAGUCGACUUCCUCUGAACUUCAACAGUAAGGUUCUGACAGACGACACAAAGCCAGCCUCGCUGGACCAACUGAUCACAAACCUCAUCACAGGAGAGCUCCUCCCCUCUGCUCUCAUCUGGAUAACCUCCCGACCUGCUGCAGCCAAUCAGAUCCCUCGUCAACACAUCCACCAGUGGACAGAGGUACAAGGGUUCAAUGACCAACAGAAGGAGAAGUACUUCACAAAGAAAAUUAGUGAUAAGAACCUGGCCAGCAGAAUCAUCAACCAUGUCAAGUCAUCAAGGAGCCUCCACAUCAUGUGCCACAUACCAGUGUUUUGUUGGAUUUUAGCCACUGUUCUAGAGAAGCUGUUGGAUGAAGCAGGGAGUGGAGAUUUGCCCAAAACCCUGACUGAGACAUACUUACACUUCCUGAUCUUUCAGACAGACAGGAUGAGAGCAAAAGGGAACUCCGUAGGAAGUGACAACAUAGUCCUCAAACUUGGAGAGCUGGCAUUUCAUCAGCUGGAGAAGGGAUAUCUUAUCUUCUAUGAGGAAGACCUGACAGAGUGUGGCAUUGGAGUCAGAAAAGCAUCCGUGUACUCAGGAUUGUGCACCGAGAUCUUUAAGGUGGAGGGGAGGACCAGUCAGAAGACAGUGUUCAGCUUUGUUCAUCUGAGCAUCCAGGAGUGUCUUGCUGCUGUUUAUGUGUUUCUCACAUUCAUAAACUGCAAUAAAAACCCACUGGUCCAACAGAACUCCUCCUUUUUGCGGAAACUUCGGAAACACCAACCUAUGAUGAACUUACUCAAGAGUGCAGUGGACAAGGCUUUAAAGAGUAAGAAUGGACACCUGGACCUGUUCCUCCGUUUCCUUCUGGGCCUCUCACUGGAGUCCAAUCAGACUCUCCUACAAGGCCUACUGACACAGACAGGAAGCAGCUCACAGACCAAUGAGGAAAUAGUUGAGUACAUCAAGAUGAAGAUCAGGAAGAAUCCCUCUCCGGAGAGAUGCAUCAAUCUGUUCCACUGUCUGAGUGAGCUGAAUGACCAUUCUCUAGUGAAGGAGAUCCAAAGAUACCUGAGCUCAGGAAGUCUCUCAGCAGCCAAACUGUCACCUGCACUGUUUUCAGCUCUGGUGUUUGUGUUGCUGACUUCAGAAGAAGAGCUGGAUGUGUUUGACCUGAAGAAAUACUUUAGAUCAGAGGAGGGUCUUCUGAGGAUGCUGCCAGUAGUCAAAGCCUCCAGAACAGCCCUGCUGAAUCAAUGUAACAUCUCAAAACGAUGCUGCAAAGCGCUGGGCACAGCUCUCAUCUCCUCACACUUGAAAGAGCUGGACCUGAGUGGCAACGACCUGCAGGAUUUAGGAGUGAAGCUGCUCUCUGCUGGACUGCAAAGUCCACAAUGUAAACUGGUGACACUGAAGCUGUCAGGCUGUCAGGUCACAGAGGAAGGAUGUGCUGCUCUGGCUUCAGCUCUGAGGACAAACCCCUCCCACCUGAGAGAGCUGGACCUGAGCUACAAUGACCCAGGAGACUCAGGAGUGAAGCUGCUCUAUGCUAUAUGGGAGGAUCCACACUGUAAACUGGAGAAACUCAAUGUGGACCAUGGUGGAAGGUGCAGGUUAAAAUCAGGGCCCCAAAAAUAUGCCUGUGAUCUGACACUGGACCCAAACACAGCACACAGAACCCUCUCUCUGUCUGAGGAGAACAGGAAGGUGGAAUGGACCUGGAGGGAGCAGCCGUAUUCUGAUCACCCAGAGAGAUUUGAGGACUAUGAACAGGUGCUGUGUAGAGAGGGUCUGACUGGGUGCUGCUACUGGGAGGUAGAGUUGAGUGGGAGGGCUUGUAUCGCGGUAACAUAUAAAGGAAUCAGCAGGAGAGGAAAGGGUCCUGACAGUCGGCUUGGAGCUAAUGACAAGUCCUGGAAUCUGAACCGCUUUUAUGACAGUUACUCUGCCAGGCACAAUUAUAAGAGAACUGACAUACCUGUCCCCUCCCCCCGCUCCAACAGAGUGGGAGUGUACCUGGACUGGCCGGCCGGCACGCUGUCCUUCUACAGCGUCUCCUCUGACACACUGACCCACCUGCACACAUUCCACUCUACAUUCACUGAGCCUGUCUACCCAGGGUUUUAUGUAAGGGGUGACACAGGGACUGUGACCCUGUGUCAGGUAGAAUAACCUCCUGUGUCCUGGAGGAACACCUGAGUCUUCAGAGAUGUCAUACUCCUUCCUGUUCAUCCGGGUGACCUGUUGGGAUAUGUUUCACUCUAAUCAUGACAUGAAUAUACCGUACAUCUCUAAAGCUGCCUGACCUUGUAACUAGAAUCACCCCAUUGCUGUAAAAAAACUCCCAUUUAAAAUCACUAUUUGUUAUUGUUUUUCUUUAUUGUUUGUAAUAAAAUGUUUCUAGAA